AGCAGCGCAGAAGGGCCAUUUUGUUAGCUUAGCCUAGCCAUGUCGGGUAAAGAAAGACUCUAGUAACAAGCGUUUAUUACACCCGCGCGAACAAUGUCACUUUUACAAAUUUAUCUAAAGUCCAAACAGCCCCAAACCCGACUCUUUAUCAGGAUGUACUGGCGGGAAAAGGUACGGGCUAGCUCUGGAGGCUAUUGCUAAAGUGCUAUGAAAACACGCACGGUGUUAGCCAGUGCUAACGUGUUAGCCAGAGCUAACGUGCUGCUGUAGCUAUCUGUUUACCUCGCUGUCAGCAGAAGGUUUUCGUGUUAAAUAACGUUACGGGGGUUUUUGUUUUAUUUGUUUUUAAUGAGACACUUUAUGCACUGGUCCAAUUAUAAGUGUAUGAAGUUGUGAGUGUGAACAAACGACUAAACAAACUGAACUUAGCAAAACAAAUAAAACAACACAGUGUUAAGUCCCAGCGCUAAUCUGAUAAUGGCAGAAGACACUCGACAGGAAAAGAGAGCCAGCUUCUCCAACGGGAUGAUGCCCCGGACCUCUGUGGGCUCGGCCAAAGCAGGAGCCUCCAAGAAACUAGUCAUUAAGAACUUCAAAGAUCGGCCCAAACUAGCAGAGAAUUACACAGAAGACACAUGGCUGAAACUACGAGAAGCAGUGAAUGCGAUUCAAAACAGCACUUCAAUCAAGUACAAUCUGGAGGAGCUCUAUCAGGCAGUGGAAAACCUGUGUUCCUACAAAGUGUCUCCAACUCUGUACAAACAGCUGCGGCAGGUCUGCGAGGACCAUGUUCAGGCUCAGAUCCACCAGUUCAGGGAAGAGUCUUUAGACAACCUGUCCUUCCUGAAGCGAAUGAAUCGCUGCUGGCAGGACCACUGCAGACAAACAAUAAUGAUCCGGAGUAUUUUUCUGUUUCUUGAUCGAACCUAUGUUCUCCAGAAUUCUCUGCUUCCUUCAAUUUGGGACACUGGUCUAGAGCUGUUCCGCACACACAUUGUGAGCGAUACGGCCGUUCAGAAACGUACUGUAGAUGGUAUUUUGGAGCAAAUUGAGCUUGAGCGAAAUGGAGAGACAGUAGAUCGCAGUCUCCUGAGGAGUCUGCUGGGCAUGCUCUCUGACCUGCAGGUUUAUAAGGAAGCCUUUGAGGAGAAGUUUUUGUCUGAGACCAACCGUCUGUAUGCAGCAGAGGGACAGCGGCUGAUGCAGGAAAGAGAUGUGCCUGAGUAUUUGCACCACGUGGCUCGACGACUUGAAGAAGAGAAUGAUCGUAUCGUGAGCUACCUCGAUCAAAGCACCCAAAAACCACUCAUUAGCUGUGUUGAAAAACAACUACUAGGAGAACAUCUGACCGCAAUACUUCACAAAGGUUUGAGCACAUUGUUGGAUGAAAAUCGGGUCACUGAGUUGGCUCUUUUGUAUCAGCUCUUCAGUAAAGUCAAAGGAGGACUUCUUACGUUGCUGCAGUUUUGGCGAGAAUACAUUAAGUCUUUUGGCAGUGAAAUUGUAUGUACACCAGAGAAAGACAAGGACAUGGUGCAGGAGCUGCUGGACUUUAAAGACAAAAUGGACAAUGUGGCUCACAAUUGUUUUGCUCGAAACGAGGGUUUCAUCAAUUCAAUGAAGGAAGCCUUUGAAACUUUUAUUAACAAAAGGCCCAACAAACCUGCUGAGCUCAUCGCUAAAUAUGUAGACUCAAAGCUAAGAGCAGGAAACAAGGAGGCAACAGAAGAGGAACUGGAGCGAAUUCUGGACAAGAUCAUGAUAAUCUUUCGCUUCAUUCAUGGAAAGGAUGUGUUUGAGGCUUUUUACAAGAAAGACCUUGCAAAGCGACUGCUGGUUGGCAAAAGUGCGUCUGUAGAUGCAGAGAAGUCCAUGCUGUCCAAGCUUAAACAUGAGUGUGGAGCAGCUUUUACAAGUAAAUUAGAGGGAAUGUUUAAAGACAUGGAGCUGUCCAAAGACAUAAUGAUUCAAUUCAAACAGUAUAUACAGAACCAGAGUGAGCCCAGCAACAUAGAGCUGACUGUGAACAUCCUCACUAUGGGCUACUGGCCGUCAUACACCCCCAUGGACGUGCACCUGCCCACGGAGAUGGUGAAACUCCAGGAGGUGUUUAAGCUCUUUUAUCUGGGCAAACACAGUGGGAGGAAACUGCAGUGGCAGCCCACACUGGGCCACGCUGUGCUCAAGGCAGAGUUUAAAGAGGGGAAGAAGGAGGUCCAGGUGUCUCUGUUCCAAACGCUGGUGCUGCUGAUGUUCAACGAGGGAGAAGAAUUCAGUAUCGAGGAAAUACGCACAGCCACUGGCAUCGAGGAGGGCGAGCUCAGGCGCACGCUGCAGUCUUUGGCCUGUGGAAAAGCUCGAGUCCUCAACAAAAUGCCUCGAGGGAAAGACGUGGAGGAUGGAGAUCGAUUCAACUUCAACAAUGAUUUUAAACAUAAACUCUUCCGUAUCAAAAUCAACCAGAUUCAGAUGAAAGAAACGGUGGAGGAGCAGGUGAGCACCACAGAGCGCGUGUUCCAGGACAGACAGUAUCAGAUCGAUGCAGCUGUGGUUCGUAUCAUGAAGAUGAGAAAAACACUGAGCCACAACCUCCUCGUCUCUGAGCUCUACAACCAGCUCAAGUUUCCCGUCAAGCCGGGGGACCUGAAGAAGAGGAUCGAGUCUCUCAUCGACAGAGAUUACAUGGAGCGAGACAAAGAGACUCCAAACCAGUACCACUACGUUGCCUGAUGGAGCUUCACCAUUAAUGUUCAAUCACAGCAAGUAGCCUCCAAAAAAACACCACAGCCCUUCAGCCAUCGAACAGAAGACGACACCAGGACGAGCUCCGCACUGUCCCACCGCGAGCUAAAGCUGCACUGUGUCACUUUUCAGGUGGAGAUGUUGAUGCUUAGGAUGUUUCACAGUAUGGCAUUAUUCAGUUACAGCUGUUAUUGCUCAAAAAUACAUAAAAAAACACACACUACUCCUCUGACUGUGAGGAAAGUCGCCUCUCCACAGAUCUAACUUUUUGACUCUGUGGAGAUGUAAAAGUUUAACGCCAUAGUGUGGAACAUUCCAAACAAAGCAGUCACAUCUUCAUGGAGUUUUGCAGGUUACAGACUUUGUGGCAGACUCUUCCUGAAAUGUUCCACAGUGCAGCUUUAGCGUCAGGCGGGUCAGAGUCAGACACUGCUGCUUGGAAACGGUCUACGCUGCUGGUAAUGGUCGCUCCACAAAGACUUUCUGCUAAUGCAAAGUUUAAUUAAAAUAGCACUUUUCCUGUUUUUUCUUAUUUCCUCUGUAUUAGAUUUUUCUUUAUCAUGUCCAGAUAAUCAAGAGUUUUCUACUAAAGUUGGUUUGUCUUUAGCUACACAUUUAGUUUAAUUUAUGUUCAAGACUUUCUGUUCUGGAUGACUGCAUAAACUGCUGAGUUUUGAGUCGCUUGUUUGGAGUUGUUAGGGACAAAACAAAAAUGAAACGAGGGUUAGAUGUUUUAUGUCUGAAAAUAUUCAACAUUUUAUUCAGGUAAGCCACUUCUUCUUUGGAUUUCUUUAUUGUUUUUGACCAAAAUGUUCAGUGUCACCACCCGGCGUUUUCUAUAAGAGAUUGUAUGGAGUGAGAAAAGUAAAGCUGAAUAAAUAUUUAAUAAUACA